GCGUGGUGACGUGGUCUCCUGCGUCUGUCGGAAGAUGGCUGACAGCGGAGCCGUGGCGGUGAAGAGAUGCGACUCUGGCUCAGUGUCCUCAGUGAGUAUGGAGACCAUCUCGGCCCUGACGGAGCUGGAGGACCUGGAGAGGGUUUACCAGCAGCUCUCCGUGCAGGAGAAAGAAGUGGAGACUGAGCUGGACAGACUGGUGGGGCAGGAGGGGACCAUUCACACAAAGAUGUUGGCACUGCAGAGGAUGGGGCCCAAUCUACAGCUGAUCGGAGGAGACGCCAGUCAGCUGUCAGGCAUGAUCACAUUUACCUGUAGCCUGGCUGAAAACGUCAGCCGCAAAGUCAGACAGCUGGACCUGGCGAAGACACGGCUGUAUAACGUCAUCCAACGCGCUGACGAUAUCCUGGAUCUGAAGUUCUGCACAGACGGUGUGCAGACAGCUCUACGUAACGAAGAUUAUGAACAGGCUGCUGCCCACAUCCAUCGCUACCUCUCUCUGGACCAGUCGGUUAUUGAGCUGAGCAGGCAGGGAGAAGAAAGCAGUGCUGUGGAUGCCAGUCUGGUAAUGCUGCAGGAGGCAGAGCAGAAACUGAAGGUCAUCGUUGCUGAGAAACUGGAUGAAGCUGUAGCCGCAGUCGACCUCGCACAAGUAGAAAGGUUUUUCAAGAUCUUCCCUCUGUUGGGCCUCCACCAGCAGGGCCUCGCCCGUUUCGGUCAAUAUCUCUGCAGUCAGCUUGCUUCCAAAGCUGAGGAGAAUCUGGUCUUGGCUACAGGAGGAGACCUGGGCGAGAAGAGAGCCCCGCUGGUGUUUGCAGACACUCUGACGCUGCUGCUGGAAGGUAUUGCUCGCGUCGUUGAGACUCAUCAGCCUAUUGUAGAGACGUAUUACGGUCCGGGCCACCUAUACACGCUCAUAACUCACCUGCAGCAGGAAUGCGACCAACAGGCGCAGAAAAUAGUGGACAAGUUCAUCCAGCAAAGAGGAUACCACAACAAGUUUCAGAUUGUCCAGAGUAGCAUGAUGAAGAGCGUCCCGGGGGAGACGAUCGAGCCCAGGGAGCUGGACCCUGUACUGACAGAAGUUACCCUGAUGAACGCAAGGGCGGAGCUCUACCUGCGCUUUCUACGCCGUCGCAUGCUGGCCGACUUUGAAGUUGGGGAUGCUCAGAGCGUGACCCAGGAGCAUCAGCAGAAUGUGGAGAAGCUUCUGAAACACUGCUUGCUGAGCAGGACGAUGCAGGAGCUGAUUGGCUACUAUAUUCCAAUGGAAGAGUACUACAUGAGAGAGUCUGUCAACAAGGCUGUUACUAUGGAUACAUAUGAAAAGGGUCAGCUGACCUCCAGCAUGGUUGACGACUGUUUCUACAUUGUGAAGAAGUGCAUCAGUAGAGCUUUAUCCAGCUCCAGCAUCGACUGCCUCUGUGCCAUGAUCAACCAUGCUAACUCUGUGCUGGAGUCUGACUUCAGGGAGGUGUUGUAUAACAAGCUGCGGCAGGGCUUCCCGGCUACGACGCUUCAGGACAUCCAGCGUGGAGUCAGCAGUGCGGUCAGUCUGAUGCAGAGCAGCUUACAGCAGGGCAAGUUCAACACACUGGGCAUCGAGAGCGCUGAACACGCCAAGGCUGCAUUUCUGGUGACUCUGAAUAACGUAGAGGUGUGCAGUGAGAAUAUCACAACUUUAAAGAGGAACCUUGAGAAUGACUGCUCCAAGUUGUUUAAUCAGGGCGCUGGCUCCGGCGAUCAAGCCAAGAUUGAAAGCUGUUUGUCCGACCUCGUCAACACAUCCGCCAAGUUCAAGGAUCUCUUACAGGAGGGUCUGACUGAGUUAAACACAACAGCCAUAAAGCCUCAGGUCAAACCGUGGAUCAGCAGCUUCCUGUCCAUUUCACACAACAUAGAGGAGGAGGAGUUUAAUGAUUAUGAAGCUAAUGAUCCCUGGGUGCAGCAGCUCAUCGUUAACUUGGAGCAGCUCAUGGCAGAGUUCAAGACAGCCCUCUCUCCCGUUAUCUACGACACGCUGACCAGCCUGAUGACCAGUUUGAUAUCGAUUGAAAUGGAGAAGACCGUCCUCAAAUGCUCAUUCAGCAGGCUCGGAGGGCUGCAGUUCGAUAAAGAGCUUCGGUCUCUUGUGGCGUACCUCACCACUGUGACCACCUGGACCAUCAGGGAUAAGUUUGCUCGUCUCACACAAAUGGCCACCAUCCUCAACCUGGAGCGGGUAACUGAGAUCUUGGAUUACUGGGGCCCAAACUCGGGGCCCCUGACAUGGCGGCUGACCCCGGCGGAGGUGCGUCAGGUUCUAGCACUACGUAUCGACUUCAGAAGUGAAGAUAUCAAGAGGCUGCGACUGUAAUUCAGGAACCAAGUGUGCUGAUUAUCACCGAUUGCCAUGCAGUACCCACCUUGUGAUGCUUUUCACUAAAGAGCUCUGCACAAUCCAGGUUUAAUCCAUGUGUCUGUAAAUGGAUGCAGGGAGGGCACGGGCAAAUGGUUGGGGAUUUCUUUCUCUCUGUCUGAAACAAAAAAUACUCGUUGCUUAUUCUGGAGUCUGGUUUUCAGCCUUCUGCUCCACACCUGGCUGAUGUGAGUCUGUAUCAGAGUCUCAGCUUUUAGAGGUUUGUGGUUAUUUGAUAUGAGUGAUCUGUAAAAAUAUGAGAAUAUUGCCUUGUGUGUAAUUAAAAAGUGUAACCGUG